CAAAGCAGUAGUAAGCGUCCCGGAAUUAUAGUGCUGUGCAGUAUUUCAUCCGAACCCAACCCGCAGCUGAUUUUCCAGCUGGAGUGAUUCAUGGCUGCUUUCUGUGUGCAGGGACCAUGGCAGCCCAGGAAGCCGCUCCACACAGCCAUUCCGAGAAUAGUGCCUUGGACCUGCCCUCAGCUGCCGACCUGAGAGAUUACGUGCUGCAGCGGCGCGGUCAGGAGGCUAACGCUGGGACUGUUAGUUCUGUGGAAACCCUUUCUUUGCCUUGUUCUUCUGAAGUGGAGCCAGACAGUAGCGACCGAAAUGCCGCAAAAAAUGAUGCCUGGAGCUCUGAGAACUUCUGGCUUAAUCCUCCAAUGGACCAAGCUGAGACCAAGGCAGAUGAUGACGGUCUUCGGAAAUCCCUGGAUAGGUUCUAUGAAAUGUUUGACCCUCCGCAGCCGGCCCCUGGAAAUCCACUCUCCGCAUCUGUCUGCCAGUUCCUGACCCAGAAAAUGCUGGCACUGAGGGAUCAGGAAGGCCAGAGGUAUAACCUCCGAAGGUUCCAGCUGGCCCGGGCCAUCCUCAGCCAGGAUGGCUGCUCCGUCUUACAGAGACACUCCAGGGACACCCGUUUCUACCCACUGGGGGAGGGGAGUGUAUCUCUAGAUGCUGAAAAUCCCACCCCAGGGCUCUCGAAAGAUAUUCUUCAUUUUCUCCUGCAGCAGAACGUGAUGAAAGACGCGUGACGGUGUUGGUAGUGAGAGAAGGAGCCAGAGGGGAGGUGGGGCGACAUCAGGGCCCGGGCUGGUGGUAGGGUCCUGCCAGAGAGCCUGUUCUAACUUUCAACCCUGUGUCCAGUCCCAGUGAGCCCAGCACGAGUCACUUCAACCACCACAGAGUGAGCACUGUUGGGGCUUCAUAGCACCCCCUUCCGGCUUCAUAGUCCCACCUCCCUCCCCAUCCCCCUCUCUCUGAUGGAAGGCUAGUGAUAGACUGGCUGGAGGGUCCAUUCCUCCCCUCUAGAUGAGCCAACACAAGACUGGAAAUUGACAUGAAAUUGCACCCUUGCAUCGCCCUUGCCCUUUCCCUCUCUCCCUACCAUUUACUGGGCUUUAUUAAAUUUCUCACACCCACAUACUUGACUCCAAGUCUGCUUCUGGGCUAAUCGGAGAGAGAACAGGCUUCCAGUUCCAUAAGUUUUCUGGAGGAUCCAAAACCGUGGUGCUGACUCAACUCUAAGAAUUGUAUCACAUUGUAAACUGCAACCAUGUGAUUGAAAACAUACAUCCCAAAAUAAUGGAAAGGAUUUGCAUCCAGACCCCAAAAGAACAUCGCAUCUUAAUUAUAUCCUUGCCUCUCUCCAACGCCAGAAUCCCGUUCUGUAAUACUAAUUGGAUGAGGCAGGAACAUUUGGACCAUCUAAAAUAGCAGCUACAAUGCACAAAUUAAAAAAUAAAGAAACCUCUCCCAUCAGAUUGCCAAUGUGAAAGGUGAGAAGAAAACAAACGUAUCCCCUUGCGGGGGACAGAGGGAGGCAGCACUCAUUUAGGCUGUGCCAGGCUGAGGCAGUGCCAGUUCUCGGUGGAAGAGAGAAAGGAAUCCUUUACCCAACCUCUCAGCUUCUCAUUAUUCUUGCCUCUGGUGUGCCUGCCUGCCAUCAACCAUCACCCUCAGAAUGGUUGGCCCCACACCCCUGUACCAGCCUGGUUUCUGGCACCCCGAGCUCUCCACGCAGGCACUGGCCCAGAACAAGUGCUUCUGGCCACCCUGACCUGCCCUCCAGGCUGAGCUCUGAUUUGCCUGGGAGUGCCUUAAAAUAGCUUGUGCAAGCUCUGUACUGGCUGAGGCUUUGCUCCAUGGGUCAUGCCCAACCUCCCUGUGAGUCUCGGUUGGGAGAAUGACAUCACCCACACCACCCACUGCGCACUGUCAUACUGUGAUGGGAAAGCUGCUGCUUCCUGCCUGGCUCCUCCGACACAUCACGCUGCUGACAGGGCCAGAGCACUUGUUUGGGGGAGCAGCCGGAGAAGCUGGAGGCACCAAGCAAUUGAUUUUGAGGAAUUUUAUGUGGCUUUUAGCUGACUUUAGAUUUCAUUCGCUUUCGAGAAAUCACGUGAUGCAAACAGCGCAGCCUAAAAGUGUGGGGCCCUGCCCAGGCGAGUCUCUUGGGGAGCCUUAGGUGGAGAAGGAAGCUGUUUUCAGGUCAGCAAUUACCCACUCUGGCUUCUGGUUCUGGGGAAUCGUGCUUUAAGUUGAAGUGCAGGGGGCAGGUACAGCGGGUUGGUCACUUGCCUUGCAGUGGCUGAUUCAUCUUCCAUCCCCAGUAUCCCAUAUGGUCCCCUGAGUGCUGCCAGGAGUGAUCCCUGAGCUCAGAGCCAGGAGGAAGCCCUGAGUAAUGCCAGGUGUCACCCCAAAACCAAAAUAACCAAAUAAACUUGAAGCACCACCGGAAAGAGAUUAAAUUAAAUCAUAGAAAGUAGGAAAUAAGUAGGUCUGGGACAGACACAAGACUCCAAUUGUCCUCUGACAGGCAGUCACCCCAUCUGCCAUCCGCAUUCUUCUCUUCUUCAUCUGCCUCCUGGGUAUCAAAGAAUUGAAAAGUUGGUGAAGAGCUGGAGUGAAAGUGAAGUGGGUAAGGCACUUGUCUUGCAUGCAGCUGACCCUGGUUGAUCUCUGGAAUCCCAUAGGAUCAUCUGAAUCACUCAGAGUGAUCCCUGAGUGCAGAGCCAGGAGUAAACCCUGAGCAUUGCCAGGUGUGGCCCUCAAAGGGAAAAAAGUCAGUGAGACUUAGAAUGGAAAAGCUACAAUUGCAUUUUAAACUCUCUACUUUCAUUGUUCUUUUUUUUUAACUUUAUAAAUUUGAGGGUCAUACCCAACAGUGCUCAGGAACUGCUCCUGAGUUGGGUGCUCAAAGACCAUCAGUGCUGGGAUCAAACCCAGGUCUCCGGCAUACAGAGCAUAUGUUCACCCCUUUGAGCUGCCUCCCUAGUCCCUUCCCCUUUUAUAAAAAAAAAAAUUAUAAAAGUAAAACAAAUCAGCAGGUGUCCUUGAGGAUAGACUGUUGUUUUUAUUACUAUUCUGUCACUGAAAUGUUGGAGAUUAGUUUCCAUGGCUACCCAUGGAAGGAAAGUGGAUUAUUUCCGUCUUUUUAAAGGACAAACAGCACAAACUACUCGAGUCUCCUUGCAUGGAAGCCCCAGAUUGUAUUUGGCAGUGAAACGUCGUUAUCAGUAAUCGUGUGGUCUUUAUUAAUAUCCUUGCCGAGAGCACUCAGCAAACAGCCGAGUCUGAAGCUAGAGAUUUAGAAGUCUAAAAGCCAAAAAAGUCUUAAGGGUGAAAAAAAAUGCAUGGUGUGUGUUGGUUUGUAUCUGCAAAAGUGCUAGUGACAGCUCAGGACAAGAGAUUUGAUUCCCUGUAAUCUUGCUCCUUAAUUAGAUCUUCAUGAGCUUCAUGGGGGCAUUUUUCCAUUUAUCUCUGCUCACCUUUCAUAAAGACUAAGUAAUAAGGACCUUGAGGCGCUGACCUUUGGCAUUAUGGUCCAAUUCUACCCUGCAGAUCACAUCACCAACAUCUUAUUACCAUCUGUGGGGCUCUGACUGGCCUGCCAUACUAUCUGUACCCCCUUUCAAAGGCCUUUCCAAGGGUGGCUUUGAUUUCAGGUACAUCAGGAUUCAUGGUUUUAAGUUUGUGUAAGUUGCUUGGUUCAUCAGAGGACUCGGUCUUCUCCGGCCAGCUUCUGUUCCAAGAAGGAAUGUGUUAAGUUGAUUCAAAUGAUAGUCUCUUUGGGAUAAAUGAUUCUCUUUCCAAAUAGGCUAGUAGCCCAGAACCAGGUAACCCACUGGUCUUACCUCCCACUGCGUUUUCCUUAAAAACCUGACAGCUGUGCGUUGGAGACAGAGGUUUUAGCAGCAAACAAGGCAUGAAUUCUGCAAAUCUACAAGACUGUCCACUGAGUGGAUCACUCACAGGAGACAUGUGGAUUAGCACCUCUCUCCUUAUUUUCUUCUCUGUCUUCUUCAGCUUUUGCAGCUUAAUGCCAAGUGCCUUAUCACGCUUUAUUAUUUUUUGGAUUUUUUGGAGCCAUAAUUCACAUGUAUUCUAAUAUGAAAGUGUUCUGCUUGCUUUAUUUAUUUAUUUAUUUAGGCUUUUUGGGUCACACCUAGCAAUGCUCAGAGGUUACUCCUGGCUCCGCACUCAGUAAUUACUCCUGACGGUGCUCGGGGGACCAUAUGGGAUACCAGAGAUUGAACCCGGUCGGCCACAUGCAAGGCAAAUGCCCUACCCACUAUACUAUCCUUUGGCCGUUCUGGUUGCCUUUGCAAUGCCCACUGAGGUUCUAAAAAGUAUUUACUACAUUGCCUCUAGAAGGUGUGUAGCCCAUUUGGAUGUAAGGUAUGGAUUUCUUCAAUGCUUACUGAAAAUUCAGGGCAGCAAAGAUACAAAGCAAAACCCUGCCCUGACUUCCACAUUUCCUCUGUUCUGUCUCAUAUCCUUUCCCACUUCCUCUUCUAUCCCACCAUGUAUUUAUGGAUCUCCUUUAUCUUAAAAAGAAAAUGCUUGGGACUGGAGCAAUAGCACAACGGGCAGGGCGUUUGCCUUGUACACAGCUGACCCAGGUUUGAUUCCCAGCAUCCCAUACAGUCCCCCGAGCACUGCCAGUAGUAAUUCCUGAGUGCAUGAUCCAGGAGUGACCCCUAAGCAUCACCAGGUGUGACCCAAAAAGCAAAAAAAAAAAAAAAACCCAAAAUGCACAUGCUCAUAUACAUAUCCACAUGCAAUAAAACCUUCAUUGAAUCUGUCAGCUUCUGUCCACAUCACUUCUUCCCUUCAUGCCUAUCUUCUGAAUCAGGAACUAGAAAAGACACAAGAUGCUAGAAUUUGAAGGCAAGACGACAUGAGAUCUGUGAGCUUUAUUUGGGACCAAAUGACAACAGGCUGAUGAGAUAGUGACAUUUCCGGAAUCGAAGAUGACCCUGCCCCCUCCAGCAAGGGAGACAGGGUUCAUGCCCAUCCAUCCCGAGCCUGGUAGCCCACAGGCUAUAUUCUAGGCUUCCUUGCCAAGCUACCACUCCCUCUGGUGUUUUGUUACCUUUCCCACCCAACACAACUUAAAAUCCUGCUUAGCUCUACUCCAGAGGCCCUUAUGGUCGACUCGGGAGUGCACUUCAAUAAACUCCUGUUUCUUCUCUGUCCGUCUGUAUGUGCCUGGUGGGGUCUCAGAACUAUCAAGAUUCAGCUCUGCGACUGUGCAUUGUGCAUCCCAAUGCAUGUCUCUCUGGACUUGAUUUACUUGCCUGCCAACUACAGAUAACUGUUACAUCUCAGAGCCUUUAUGAGGCUCUUAUGUGAGUGACUUCAGUAUCAGUAUAGGUGUAAUGAAGUGUACCUGGAAACACUGGAAAUUACCCCUGGUGGUACUUAGGGGACCAUAUGGGAUGCUGGGAUUUGAACCCGGUUUGGCCACGUGCAAGGCAAACGCCCCACCUGCUGUGCUAUUGCUGCAGCCCCUCUUAGCCCUUUCCAAUCUGGCCCCUGCUCCUCCACUUGCUCCUGCAAUAAAGCACCUCUCCAGCAUGACUGUCACUAACAGUUCCUGAACUUAUUUGGCCUAAUACACCUCUGUUUUAAGGCGGGAAAAUAAAAACAACUAAGCACCCUGGAAAUCUAUCUCCUUUAAGUGAACAGAGAGAAAGUGUCCAGUUGUACCUGAGGGUACUACAACUCCCUCCCCUGGAUUUUUCCGGGUAGUGGCAUCACCCACUUCGAAAACAUGGAUCACCAGCGACCAUCUCACCAGUUCCCAGCUGCAAUAAUCAAACAGUGAGGAGGGGUAGGGAUAAACUGGGGCAUAGUCACACGGAUGGGUUCCCUGGCAGCUGUACAAAGUAUGAGUAUUUGCUCUGAUGGAAAUAUCCAGCCAGUGCUGGGGCAGGUGGAGAAAGAAAGGACUCUCAUUCACUGCCGGUGGGAACGCUGAUUGAUCCAGCCUUUUUGGAAAACAAUAUAGAUGUUCCUCAAAAAACUAGAAGUUGAGCUUCCAUCUGAUCCAGCAGUACCACUCUGGAAAUUAUGCUCUAAAGGCCCAAAAACACAAUACAGAAAAGUCAUCUGCACUCCUAUGUUAACGGCAGCACUAUUCAUAAUAGCUGGAAUCUGGAAACACCCCAAGUGCCUGAGAACAGAUGAUGGGCUAAAGAAAUUAUGGUACAUCCACACAAUGGAAUACUAUGCAACUGUUAGGAAAAAAUGAAGUCAUGAAAUUCACUUAUAUAUGGAUGGAUAUGGAGAGUAUCAUGCUGAGUGAAAUCAGAAGGAAAAAGACAUAAUUAUUACACUCAUUUUCAGGACAUAUAUGGAGUGGAUUCGGGAAACUGGUUUUCAGAUUGAGUGCUAUUGUGUGUAUAUAUAUACAUACAAAUAUAUAUAUAUAUAUAUAAACCCAGUAGGAAAUAUCUCCAAACUACAACCAUCAGGCAUGAUAGCGAUCAAAGUAAAGAGAAAAAUGAUAAUGUGAGCUGAAUUGCUGUUUCAGGAUGGGGAGGAAAGGCGAAUGGA